AUGUCUACUUCGACAACAAACAAGCAGCAAGCGAACGAUGAUAAUAAUAAAGAAGAACAAAUUCAGUUAAGAAGUCGAGCAGCAUCAGAAACAUCAACAUUAAGAAAGAGUUCACAUCGAAAACGGAAGUAUUCAUUGGAUAUUCCAAAGGCAAAUUCUCCAAAAAAGAAAAGUCAUAGUGGGCGAAAAGUUAUUAUGGUGAAUGAGAAACAACAAGAUCUUAUUCGGUAG